AUAAACCGCCAUUCCUCAACCCAAUCCUCUCACUUUUGCAAACAAAUUUGACACAAAAACCCAGAAACAAAAAAUUAUCCAAAUAUCAAUGGCAGAUUUAUCAUCAUCAUCAUCAUCAUCAUCAUCAUCAUCAAUAUACAAACAAGCAGAAGAAGAAGAUCAAAUUGCAGAAAAUCAAAUCGAGGGAGUUGAUUAUUUCGAUCUAAUUCCAGACCCAAUUCUUAAUUUGAUCUUCAACAGGGUAUUUGAUGCGAAAUCAUUAUGUCGUUGUCUUGUUGUUUCGAAGAGAUUUGCUAGUUUGGUUUCUGAGGUUGAUUCAAUCUCGAUUCAGAUGAAUAAUAGUAGUAGUAGUAAUGGGAGUAAUCAUAAUCAGGUGAAAUCGAAGAAAUCAGUUGAGUUCUCAUCAUCAACUGGGUCGUCGAAGAGUUUUUUCAGAAAUCCGAUCUUCAAGUUUAUUUGCAAGCCGAUUAAUCUGCUACAACAGGCGAUUUCAGGGAAGAAGACGACGAAGAAUGGAGGUGGUGGUGGGGUUGAUAUUCAGAAAUGGGUUGGGAAUACGCUGAAGAAUUUCCAGGAUGUGGAGUCGAUUAAGCUUGAGUUACCUUGCCAUGGUGGGGAAAUUGGGAUUAAUAAGAAUAUUCCAUUGUUGAAAUGGGAAGCUGGGUUUGGGAAAGAGAUGGAGAGGUGUGUGAUUUUGGGGGCGACUUCCAUUGUUGAGAGUAAGAGAGAGAAAAAGGUAGGGUUUGGAAUUGGGGAAGAUGGGAUUGAAAAUGAAGUGCAGGUUUUCUCAGAUGAUGAGCUGAAAUUGAGGAUAAUCUGGAUAAUUUCAUGCUUAAUUGCUUCAUCAGCUCGGCAUAAUCUGGUGAAGAAGAUGGUGAAUCAAUGUCCGAAGCUGAAAAACGCCGUCGUUUUUGAUGGUGGGAGACAAGGGAAGCUGAAUAUGAGUGAAGAACAGGUUCAAGAUCUGAGGGAAUCAAUCAAACUUAAGAACACCACCAUUGUUAACAAGAGUGAAAACCCAGAAACUGAACCUGCAACAACAACAACAACAACAAUGGCGUAUGCAGGUAAUUUGGUGAUGAAAAUGUGGUAUGUGAAGGAAUUGGAAUUGCCGAAUUCUGGGAAAGUGAUGAAAGGGGCAACACUUGUUGUGAUUAAGCCUGAAAGGAAAGUGGGUGGUGGUGGUGGUGGUGGUGGUGGUGGUGGUGGUGAAGAGAAGGAGAAAGAUGGUGGUGGUGAAGGGUUGAGUAUGUGGAAAGCUUUUGAAGGUGAAGAUGUUUUUGAAGAAGCUGCAAAAAAGUUGAUCAAGGGGAAAGAAAGGAGAAUGUAUAGAUUGGAAAUGAAUUCCUUUUGAGAUUUUUUUUUUUUUUGGGGGUUUAGAUUUUAAUUUUGUUCGAUCAUAGUUUAUGAUAAUGUUUUUUUAUUAUUAUUUUAAUAAGUUGUAGUUAAAACAAUUUGUAGUUUGUGCAUACAUAUAUUGUUAUACAUAAAUGAGAAAUUAAAUUCACUA